GAGGGCAGAUCGCACACUUCGGGACAGUGGUGCCCCUGAGCACUUCUGGAAUCCAAGCUCCUGUCACAGAGGGAGAAACAGAGCAGACAGCAGAUGCCAUGGAGUCCCUGUCAGCCCCUGCCCACAGAGGGCGUGUCCCCCUGCAGGGGCUCCUGCUGGCUGUCUCACUGUUAACCUUCUGGAGCCCGCCCAGCACUGCCCGACUCACUGUUGCAUCAACCAAUGCUGCUGAAGGGAAGGAUGUGCUUCUCCUUGUUCUCAAUCUGCCUGAGAGUCUUUUCAGCUAUAACUGGUACAGAGGGAAAAGUGUGAACAGCAGCCGUAGAAUUGGAACAUUUAUAACACAGACUCAAAAAUUUACCCCCGGGCCUGCACACAGUGGUCGAGAGACAAUAUACCCCAAUGGAUCCCUGCUGUUCCAGAAGGUCACCCUGAACGACACAGGAUACUACACCAUAGUUGUCACAAAAAAGGAUGGGCUGACUGAAGAAGCAACUGGACAGCUCCGCGUGUACCCGGAGUUACCCAGACCCAGCAUCAAAAGCAACAACUCCAACCCCGAGGAGCACAAGGACCCUGUCCUGUUAACGUGUGAACCUCAUACUCAGGAUACAACCUACCUGUGGCUGAUCAACAGUCAGAGCCUCCAGGACAGCGCCUGGCUGGAGCUGUCCAAGGACAACAGGACUCUCACUUUGCUCCGUGUCACGAGGACUGACAAAGGACCCUAUGAGUGUGAAACCCGGAACCCAGUGAGUGCUGGCCGCAGUGACCCCUUCACGCUGAAUGUUCUCUAUGGCCCAGACACCCCCUUCAUUUCCCCCUCGGACUCCCAUUACCCACCAGGGGAAAACCUCAACCUCUCCUGCCACGCGGCCUCUAACCCACCUGCACAGUAUUCUUGGCUUAUCAAUGGGAGACCCCAGCAACCCACACAGGAGCUCUCUAUCCCCAGCAUCACUGCGAGUGACAGUGGAUCCUAUACCUGCAUCGCCCAUAACUCUGUCACUGGCUAUAACAGGACCACAGUCAGGACCAUCACAGUGUCUGCAGAAAAUGACUACUCAGGAUACUCUGCAGGGACCAUCGCUGGCAUCGUGAUUGGGGUCUUCACCCUGGUGGCUCUGGGGACCUCCCUGGGGUGUUUCCUGUACCACAGGAGGACUGGGAGGGCCAGUGACCCACAAGGCCUCACAGAGCACCGACCCCCAGCAUCCACCCCUGGCCAGGGUCCCUCUGGAGCCUCCACCUCCCCAGGCCCUCUCCCUGGCACCAGGACAGCCAGCCCCAUCUACGAGGACUUGCUGCACCCGAGCACAGAUGUGUACUGCCGCAUCAGCCCCGGAGCCGACGGGGCUUCCUAGUUC